GAGGAGUCUACCACUCUCCUUGGGCCCGAUCCCGAUGCACUCGUCCCUCCUCUCUGCAACAGCCCGUUUCCCCCUUAACCCUUGGCCAAACCCCCGCCCCAUCACUCCACUGCCUGUUUUUCCAUACGGUAGGCUACAGGGUACAGUCUGAACACACGGGCACGCAAUGGAGACGGAAGGGAGCCAGAGCAGCCUGUCCUCCACGGACUCCCCACACGACCCUUGCAAAAUGUUCAUAGGCGGUCUCAGCUGGCAGACGACACAAGAGGGACUGAAAGAGUACUUUUGCAAGUAUGGCGAGGUGAAGGAGUGCAUGGUGAUGCGGGAUCCAGUUACUAAGCGCUCGAGGGGUUUUGGAUUUGUCACUUUUGUUGACCAGGCUGGUGUGGAUUCAGUUUUGGCAGUAACCAGACAUGAGUUGGAUUCAAAAACAAUUGAUCCCAAAGUUGCGUUUCCUCGUAGAGCCCAGCCCAAGCUAGUGACUCGGACUAAGAAGAUCUUUGUUGGGGGACUGUCUGUGAACACCACUAUUGAGGAUGUCAAGGCGUAUUUUGACCAGUUUGGAAAGGUCGACGAUGCCAUGCUCAUGUUCGAUAAGACAACCAACAGACACAGAGGGUUUGGCUUUGUCACGUUUGAGAAUGAGGAUGUGGUGGAGAAAGUGUGUGAGAUCCACUUCCAUGAGAUAAACAACAAAAUGGUGGAAUGUAAGAAGGCCCAACCCAAGGAAGUGAUGUCACCCACGGGCUCAGCCAGGGGGCGCUCUCGAGUGAUGCCCUACGGCAUGGACGCCUUCAUGUUGGGCAUUGGCAUGCUAGGCAGGGGGCAGCACUGUUUCACUCAAACACAGACCCAUGACUGUCCUUUCACCAUAGGUUACCCAGGGUUCCAGGCAGCUACGUAUGCUAGUCGGGGUUACACUGGCAUCACCCCUGGAUAUACCUAUCAAUUCCCUGGGUUCCACGGUCUUCAUCCUAGUUGUGUGUUCUCUGCAGAAUUCCAUUUAGAGAGGACUCCCCUUCUGACAUCACCCCACCCCCCUGAGCUCACAGCCAUUCCUCUGACAGCAUAUGGACCAAUGGCAGCGGCAGCGGCAGCGGCAGCAGUUGCUAGAGGCUCCACCCCCUCUCGUUCUGGGGGUUUCCUGGGCACCAGCAGCCCUGGGCCAAUGGCAGACCUGUAUGCAGCAGCCAGUCAGGAGUCUGCAGUCAGCAGCUACCUCAGUGCUGCAAGCCCCUCCCCAAGUACUGGUUUCAGCCAUAGUCUGGGGGUAAGACACAGCCCUUAUCACGGCCCUCUGAUUGCUACGGCUUUCACCAAUGGCUACCACUGAGACGGUCUGAGUGCUGAGAGAUGAAAGGAGUUGACGCUGCUUGGAGCUGAUCUGACAUGUCUCUGUAUGGUAACCCCACUCUGGCAGUGCAAACACUGACCCUUGACCCCAGAUAUCCCCGCCCCCGGAGCUAUCUUUUUCAGACUUCCUGUAUUCUGUCUUAACAUCACGUCCUGUCUAACAUGUUGCUGUAGUUAGCAGAAAGGAACUACCUUUUAAAAAAAAACAUUUCUGUUUGUAUUAGAAAAACAUGCGGAUAAUCCUAGUUACUUUUUUCUUUUGUUUUGUUUCACUUGAAUGUUUUGUGAACAUUUUAAUGUAAACUUCUGUGUCUUGAUGAUUAGUUUUUUGAUUCCUUUGAUUGUUUUUGUUGGGAGGCGUUUUAUUAAGAGGUGGAAAAGGUGAAAGAGUGAUCUCUAGGUACGAAAUAUGCGGAGGUCUGGAGCAAUAAUUUGUACUUAAUAAGUGUAUAUUUGUUUCUGAUUAAUACACAUUUUUGUAUGUAUUACUAUGUUGAAAAAUGUAUAUCUUAGUAGGUUUAUAACAAACAUUUGUUCUACUAAUAAUGAUCAAAGUAACACAAUUGAUAGUUAUGAGCAUAUUUCCAGGCUGUUUAAACUGUGUGAUGCUUGUUUUUGUAAAAUAUUGUAAAUAUAACGUCUUUUAGAUUCCGCAUGAAAAUGAGGGGUGUUGGGAAGGCAGAGUGUUGGCGGAGGGAAAUGCUGCGAUGGUUAUUUGUUUUCAGCAGAUGGUUUUGUAAUUUCAUUUAUGCUGUUCUGUACUGAAAACCCAGACUGUUAGAUAUUAGAGAGACGAGACACAGACCGCCUGCUUCCCCCAUCCCCUGGACAUCAGUCAUAACACUAACAUGAACUUACACGUAUUGUAUUUGUGUUAUUCAUAAUGUUUCUUUGUGAGACUGGUCCAGGUCUGUCAGAGUGAAAGGGUUUUAUACUGUGAAAUCACCCAGGGACCUUGUUAUCAGUGCUGGGUCAGAGAAUGCUGCAGGUGUUACAUUCGCGUUGGGGAUAUCAGGGCAGGAUACUCCUCUAACAUAAGAGACUUGCUGGUUUUUUAUUUGUCAUUACUUGGUACGUUGUUAUUUUAUUGUUGUUUUCGAUUUACCAUUUUGAAUAUGUUAUAAAGGAAAAUGAAGGACAAACA